AUGCACGCGUUGGCUCAUCACUUUGUGCAUCAGUUGUCUCUGAGCUGUGGCCGCUCUAUCAACAGCAGCGCACAGCAGGUUGUGACCCAGUUUAAAGUCAGUCUGGUGGGUCUGACUGAGAUCCUCAUGUCCAAAGAGCCCUGGUACGUCCGCUGCAUCAAACCCAACGAAUCCAAACAACCAGUGUGCUCCUCCAGCUCUAACCCUGGUCUGCCCCCUACAGGCCGCUUUGAUGACGUGCUGGUGCGACAUCAGGUCAAAUACCUGGGUCUGAUGGAACAUCUGAGGGUGAGGAGGGCGGGGUUCGCCUAUCGACGCAAAUUCGAGAUCUUCCUUCAGAGAUACAAGGCGCUGUGUCCUGAGACGUGGCCGAACUGGAGGGGGUCAGCGGGGGAGGGGGUGCGGCGCCUCGUCAGACACCUGGGAUACACUCCUGACGACUACAAGAUGGGCAGAACAAAGAUCUUCAUUCGCCAUCCACGCACUCUGUUCGCCACCGAGGACGCAUUUCAGCUCUGCAAACACAAACUGGCCACAAGGAUCCAGGCCAAGUACAAAGGCUACAGAGUGAAAGGAAACUAUAUCAAACAGAGAGAGGCUGCAACAAAAAUUGAAACCUGCUGGAGAGGACUAAUGGCAAGAAAAGAGAAGGACAAACGACAAUGGGCUGUGAAGGUCAUCAAGAAGUUCAUCAAAGGCUUCAUGACGAGACACGAUGCUGCCGGAGCAGACAACAGCGAGUAUCUGACCUACGUGAGGCAGAGCUAUUUGACCAGACUCAAGGACAGCCUCCCUCUCUCCCUGAUGGAGAGGGAGGCCUGGCUCACCCCUCCUCCCAUCAUGCAGGAGGCUUCCCAGCUCCUGAAGCGGCUCUACACUCGCCACAUGGUGCGUCUGUACGUGAGAGGCAUCACUCCACAAAGGAAAGCACAGAUGCUGCUGAAGCUUCAGUCCAGCAACAUCUUCAAAGGAAAGAAGGAGAACUACCCUUUCAGCGUCUGCGUGCCCUUUUGCAACACACGCAUCGCUGAAGAAGACAUCAGCCUCAAAGUCCUGCAGAUGAUUCGACCGGAGCGUGUUCAGUACAGUGUACCCGUGGUGAAGUACGACAGAAACGGGUUCCGGCCUCGGCUUCGGCAGCUGCUGUUCACUCUGGAGGCGGCGUAUCUGUUGGAGGAGGCCAAGGUCAAACAGAGAAUAGACUUCACCUCCCUCAAAGGUGUCUCUGUGAGCAACUUUAAGCGACAACUUCCUGAUCCUACACGUCACAUCUGA